CUCAUGAGUAAGGUCAAGUCCAUCCAUGUCACGGUGCCUGCCGUGCCAGUUGUCCAGCGAGGGCUGAGCACAUCCAUUCUGGAACACGCAAAGCCUGGAGAUCUGCUGGAGUUUAAGAGAGGGGUGUACUCACACUGGGCUGUAUACACAGGUGACGGUAAGGUCAUUCACUUCACCGGGGGUGAAGAUAAAUUCAACUACAAUAAUGCCAUGAUCCAGAGUGAUGAAUUGUGGAAGGUCGCAGGUUCGAGUCCAGGUUUUGUCAAUAACAUAUUGGACCACGAAUUAAAAAGUCUACCGACAGAGGUGAUUCUAGAGAACGCUACUAGCAAACUUGGUGCUACAGGCUACAAUCCUGUGUUUGCUAACUGCGAGCAUUUCGCUACCUGGUGCAGGUAUGGAACGGCAAGAAGCAUACAGGUUGAAGCCGUGCGAGAAGCGAUGGUUACUAUGACAACCCAAGCCCAAAAGACUCUGGACCAGAGAGUGCAAACGGAGUCCACACAAAAGGAUCGGGAUAUAGCCAAGCUUUUGAUGGCUCACUGUCGCAAUCUCUAUCUGUUGGGAGAUUUCUUCUAUAGACAGAACCUGGACGAGGAGCUGAAGAAGGUCCAACAAAAGACCGAGGAAGGACAACCGAGGCGGGUGGGAAACAAACACACUCGUCGUUACAAGAAGUAAACAUGACUGAAAUCAAAAGAAGUAAAC